AUGUGACGUAAUUAAAAGGACGGAAGUCGAAGUAUGAGCAUUGAUUUACUAGUAUUUUGUUAGAUUUUUAACACAUAUACACAAUAAAAUAUGAGUUCUUCAAGCAGUGAAAGCGAACGCAGUUCGGAUACUGAAAACUCAGAUAUGGCAAAUGAAAAUUUACUUUCGAAUUCCGGCGAUGAGGAUACAAUUGUGGCUAAUUCAGUUGUAAAUCCUUACGAAAAUGAACCUCUUGCGAACGCAGUCGGAGAGAAUUUUGUGUCGGUCGAAGAAGACGCAGAUGGCUUAGAACCUCGAACAUUGGAAGCGAGGUUCAAAGGAACCGUUCAGUUAGAUAAGUGGUGUGCAUGUAGCUUGGGUCGUACUCAACUGCUGACAGAUGCCAUUGAAUACCGUUGUUGUCAAUAGGUUGGGCCUACUUUACAUAAACUGGUAUUCGAUGGUAGCAUUGAAAAAAUUAGCUGUGUUACUCUUCACGAAGAGUACACGAUUAUGACACAUGCUACAGUCUUGAAGAAUGUUGGCUCACUUCUAAGAGACCAAGAUGGAAGGUCAUACAAGCGUCGUAGAAUACAUGAAAA